AGCAACCCUAUCCGCAUGGAAAUCCAAGCAGGGGGUCGGCUGAGGUAAAUCAUUCAUUUAUAAACUACACACAAGAUAGCUUAGGUGUCAGCAAAGCGUCUACACGGCGUGAGAAGUGUUAUCAAUUGGUGUAGCCUACGGGAAUAAGUAGUAACUCGGGUGAAAUGGACGAAGGAAAAUCAAAGAUGAGAAAGUUGGUUGCUCCACAGGUGCCUCCUCUGAAGGCUCCUCACUACGCAGGCACUAGUGCUGUAUUUGCAGACUCCCACAACUCCUACCACAGCCUGGGCCACUGCAUGCGCACCAACAUCUUCCCAGGGGCACCGUCGGAGUGGUCAUCCCUUGUGAAGGACUCCUACAUGAGUCACCCUUUGCCACCCACCCCCAUUGACCCCCAGAAGUGGUAUGGCCGAAAGACUGACGACAUGGUGAGGUGGACAGAGAGAAACAUUGUGAACCAGCGACUAAAGAAGGCUCUGAUGGCAAUGGACAAGAAGGGUGGAGGCACCUAAGCUGCUUGUGCUUUUCACGCCUUGCUCACCGCAGAAGUUAUGUUUUACACUUUCUGCAUGCAAGCAUUUCCUUCUGGUCCCACCGCAUAUAUAUACAACACUCCACCUACACACCUAUAUAAAUACACAUACCCACAUAUAUACAACACUCCACCUACACACCUAGCCAUCCACCCAUGUACACACACAUAUGCAAACAUUCUACUCUCAAACAAGUGAUCUCACAACACCUCACUCCUUUCACAACCUAGACCAAAAUAAAUGUCAAUUCUAGCUUA